CAGGGCUAUCACCAAAUAUCACAUGGAGAGAAACUCAAGGACGUUGCUCAUGAAUGUUGGUCAAGGAAUUCACACCAGCUGGUUGCUAUUGGAGUUAAUUGUUUGAAUCCAAAAUAUGUCACUUCUCUUUUGUCUGAUGUGAACGAGGAAGGGCGACCGCACAUUCCACUUAUAGUGUACCCAAACAGUGGGGAAGUUUACAGCCCCAAAACAGGGUGGACUGACCCUGACAAUGUGCCAUCUGUGGAUUCUUAUGUUGAAGAAUGGCUGUCAUUAGGAGUUGAAUAUGUGGGGGGAUGCUGCCGCACUAAUGCAAAGGACAUAUCACGAAUGAGAGCUCAUGUAGACCGAUGGCUGAAAGAAGGCACUUUUACUGGUCCGAUGGGUAUUAUUUCAACGAACAGUAGUUGUAAUACAAACAGUGUUGGCUGUCAUUGAUGAUGUAGAGUAGUGUAAAAUAUUUUACUCUUCUUCAGAAUUUGAAAAAAAACUUUUGCUAAGUGAGUUCAAAGUAUUUCAAAAUGAUGAUGAAGUUAAUGUCACGAGACCAUAAGAAUCAUAACUGAAGAGGAAACCAAUGUGCCAUUAAAUACACUGCAAAAUGAAAAUUUAAAAAUACAUAUAUAUAUAUAUAGAGUGCCAGAAGAGGUUCUGUAUCGCCAGAAACUGCAUUUAAAGUUAAAAAAAUCAUGCUUGAAUUAAUUACAAGAGGUAAACUAUCUUGUUCAUUUGUCUUUCAGACAUUAAGAGGAAAGUUCCAAUUUAGGUGGAUAUCGAAUGAAGUGGGUUUGUUAUACCGAUUCAAUCAAUUUAUUAUGUAGCAGAACUAAAAGAUAAAAGGUUGAUAAAAAAUAUGACUGAAAAUAUCAAUAAGACAAGACAACCUGUUAUUUUGUUUUUCAAUAAAUAGGUUUUUCAAAGUACACAA